ACUAGCGAGUACACAUCCCAUUUCUGCCAUCGCUAGUACUCGGGUUGCGAAAAAGACAAGUAUUCAUGAAAAAAUGGAGUUAGCCAAGAAACUACAAGAAUUGGGAUGGCACCUGACGGAGGAGGGCCUCAAGAUCGUUACCACAGCCGUUAACAGCGAGGACACCCGCAAAAUCGUCGAUGAUGCACUGAAUCGAGAUAUCCGCGACAUAGGCGGUGGCGCACUGCCCGCGAAACGCGAAGAUGCCUCUCUGCCCGGCCGGAUUGUGCUGCAGGUGCAGCGAGUGCGGAAUAUAGCCGCCCCCAAGGCGAACGAGGAGUCGAAGGCGGCGCCCCGCCUCCUCCAGUUGGAUCUGAGCGAUGGCCAGAACUCGAUUCAGGCCCUCGAGCUGGAGCCAGUGCCCCAGCUGAACCUCAAUGUGGCGCCCGGCAGCAAGAUCUUUUUCAAGGCCGACAAACUGCAGCUGAUGCAGGGAUUUCUUCUGCUGAAAUCCACUGAAAUUCAGCUCCUCGGCGGCCGUGUGGACGCGCUCUACGAGAAGUGGGAUCUGGCCAGAACCAUGCUGAGGUACGCGCGCAGUGGUCGUCCCCUGAGCGGCACCUCUGCUCCGCCCCCUUGGGUGGCUUUUGGCCGGAAAAUCGAUACCACCGCCGAAAGGGAAAGGAACUUCAAGAGUCUGGGCUCCUCGGGCGACAAGGAUAAGCCGGUCAAGGAGAACGACGAGUUCAAUGCCAUGCGCACCGAGGCCAUUGCAGUGGCCACCAAGGCGGGCGGCAAGAAGGUCUUCGGCGGCGGGGGACAGAACAUCAUCGAUCACAACAUCAAGAAGAUCCUGGACAAGGGCUUCAGCGAGGAGGAGGCCCGCAGUGCCUUGCACUCCACAAGGAACAACCUAGAGCGUGCUCUGUUCAACCUUAAAAGACGCAAGGAAGCUGGCGGAGUUGGCCCCAUCGAAGCCAUGGGUCGUCCGGGACGUGGAGAUCGUCCGCCCAGAGAGGGAAAACGUGGAGCUAGCGCCAAGGAUGAAGCUGAAGCGGCCAAGCCCGCUGCCAAUGCCACGCUGUUCGAUUUCCUAACCACAAAACUGCCCGCAACGGAGACACCGGCUCCCAGCAUCGCAGAGACCUUUGCUGCCGCUCCAACUGCCCCACCCACCACUAAUCACUUUAAUCCAUUCAAGCAAUUUGGAAGCACCAGGUUCGGCGAGGCGGAUAGCAGAUCUUCAGCUCUAGGCGGAGGAGGAGCAGGAGGAAAGUUUGCGGAUCGUUCGAGGUUUGAGAACAAUGUGUCGAGCAGCUUUGCCGCGCAUCGUGGUGGACAUGCUGGUUCGUCACGGGGCGGAGGACGUAAUCGAGGUGGUGGCAGGGACGAGAGGCCACCGCGGGAGGAGAGAGCCCACAGGGAGGAGAGACCACCGAGGGAGGAAAGACCGCCGAGGGAGGAGAAAGUGCACAGGGAGGAGAGACCUCCCAGAGAGGAGAGACCUCCCAGAGAGGAGAGACCUCCCAGAGAGGAGAAACCUCACAGGGAGGACAGACCACCCAGAGAGCGUGGAGGAGGCUUUAACGAACGUGGAGCUGGACGUAAUAAACCGGAGGCCACGUCUGUCAAAGCCUCCAAUCGCAAUGGCGCGGACAACGCGUCAGCCAAAACCAAUCCGGAGGCUAAACCAGAACCAGAAGCAACCAACGGAAAGGAGCACACCGGCAACAGACGCGGCAGCGACCGAGGCAGCACUCGUGGAGGCUCGAACAGAGGAGAGAACGGCAACGCCAAUGGCAACAGGCGUAAGCAGCAGUCGGUCAACGCAGGAUCCAAUUCAGCGAAUGCCACGGCAAAGCCCUCGAACAACGCUGGCGACGAUUUCACCGCCCGUUUGAACAAGGUAACCGAAGAAACGGCCAAUCUCAAGGUGAGCAGUGCUCCCAAGCGAGAGAAUCGACGCAAGCAGGGCCAGGGUCAAGGCAGCCGCCAGGCGGGAGCAGGGUCAGGAACAGAAAACCAGCUGAAGCCAUCAGCAGCCCAGUUGCCUUCGCAGAAGCCGGAAAAGGCUCAAGCUAACCAGAAGCAUCAGAAUCAGAAUCAGCAUCACAAUGCCCGGCAUCAUUCGCAAGCCAACUACAGUCAAUUGGCGAACGGCUAUACGUACGAUCCCAGCAAGAUCAUGGGUUUCCAGAGCAAGGAGGCCAACGAGUUUGCCAUGAGCCUGCUCAAGAGUCAGGGUGUCACGAUGCCCAACCAGCAGCAGCAGCAGCAGAUGGAAUUGCCACCGACCUCCUUUGCUCCCGUAGCAGCCUCAGUUCAAGGAAAUCCACAUGCGCAGCCGGCUCCUGCGCCUGUGCCGCAGGCUGCGCCAAGGGAGCAGUUCGGGAUGACGCCUGGCGACCCCUGGCAGUGGCAGAAGGGCGACUUGUGCAUGGCCAAGUACUGGGACGAUGGAAGGUAUUACGAGGCUGAGAUCACGGGAGUGUCGGAGAAAACAUGUGUGGUCUUCUUUAUGGGCUAUGGAAACCACGAGGAGGUCCUCAAGGCGGACAUCCUGCCCAUCACCGAUGCCCAGAACAGACCGCUGAGCAAUGCUCACCAGCAGCAGCAACACCAGCAGCAUCAGCACUCACGCUACCGCGGUGAUCGCCAGCAGCAGGUCUACGUACCGCCCCACAAACGAGAGCAUUAGACAAGAGCCUGUUUACAACGUAUUUAAAUCAAUUGAAAUGUUUCGAAUAAACAACUUUACAGUGAAUUCAAACUAAAGCAAGAGUUUCACUUGAAGUAAACAGUUUGCAAGCCCAA